UGUCCCGUAUUGUUCCAGAUUUUUAUGUUCGGUGGAAGUUUGGGGUAUGUUCUUUAAAAGCAAGUAUGUAACAUUGGCCCGUUUUUGCCCCAUUUAGGUAUAUUUGUAAUUUUCAGCAACCUUCAAAUUCCAACAUGAAGAAAUGCUUAAAGUUUGGAUAGAGGGCGAUCGCAAAACUAAUGUUGUUUUGGAUUGGGUUUUUAAAAAAAUUAAUACUAAUGAGUUAAGUUUAAAGAAAAAAGAUGAAAUAAGAAAAAAAAUAACAAAAUUUAUUAGCAUAUGUUAGCCAAAAAUUAUCAAAAUGUAAUCGUAUGGUUAAUAGAUUUAAAGAGAAAUACCCCUAGUGGGUUUCCGCAACAACUAUUAUUGAAAUUUCUGAGAAUGAUUUUGAAAAACCCUGCUCAAGUAAAGCAGGACGACCAAAGGUUAGCUACACAGAUGCAAAAGAUCCGCUUAAGGGGAAGCUGGCAAGUGAUCUUUAUUGUGAAAACAAUGACGAUGUUGAUUUUUUGAUUCAUGCAGCUGCUGUGGCGGCAAAAAAAUCAAAACAAAGUGAUUUAGCGUUUAUUUUAAAGAAAACUGUACAUCAAGCAGAACAAAGCGAAAUAAGAAAAGCUGUUACCUCCAAAAAACCCGAAGCAGUUCCACUUACUCCGGAAGAAGCUCUCGCAUUUUUACUUGAAAAUGAUUUAAGCAAAAGACAAUAUAUCAACAUGAGGUUGUUAAAUAAAGAAAGGAAUUGCAAUAUAUAUCCAAGCUAUGAGGAAGUAAUUAAAUGUAAGCUACUUUGCCGGCCUAAGGAGAUAUCUGUGUCGGAGUCUUCAGCAGAAGUAUCACUGCAAAAUAUCUUAGACCAUACCGCACAACGCAUUCUUUUAUUCCAAAAAGAUGUCUUGCACGUCAUGGCAGAAAUUUCGAAUGUUGUUUUAAUUGCUAGCUAUGGGUUUGACGGUACAAGGGGACAAAGUAUGUUUAAACAAAGGUUUGAGACAAGUACACCUCAAAUUUUUGACCAAUCACUGUUUGUAACUACCAUUAUACCUUUACAAAUGUUGGACAGUUCUGGCAAAAUUAUUUGGAGGAAUCGCACUACGCAAUCAGUGCGGUUUUGCAGGCCAUUAAAAAUGCAAUUAGCAAAAGAAUCUACGGCUCUAAUUCUAUCAGAAAAUAGUCAGCUAGAUAUGCAAAUAUCUUAUUUAAAUCCAUUUGAAUAUUAUCUUGAUAACGGAAAAAAAAAUUAUUGUCAAUUAUGAUUUGCAUAUGACUUUGAUUGAUGGAAAAGUACUAAAUGUUAUAACAAACACCAAUUCUAAUCAAAAAUGCCCAAUAUGUGGUGCUACACCAAAACAAUUCGUAACAACUAAAAAUUUUAAUUCUGAUGUUUUUAAACCUAAACUUACAUCUCUUAGAUAUGGUAUUAGCCCACUACAUUCAUGGAUUCGAGUAUUUGAAUUCGUUGUACACAUUGCUUAUAGAAUCGAAUUAAAAAAAUGGCAAAUAAGGGAAGCUUCAGAUAAAGAAGCAUUCCAACUUCGUAAACAAGAAGUACAAAAGAGGUUUUGGGAAGAAAUGGGCCUUCAUGUAGAUAAGCCUAAAGCAAAUGGUGGUGGAACAUCAAAUGACGGCAAUACUGCCAGGAAAGUAUUUAACAAUUUGGAACUCCUUUCUUUAAUUACAAAUAUUGAUAUAGAAAUUUUGAAUAACUUUAGAGUUAUAUUAAUUGCUAUUUCCUGCGAGUAUCCUAUAGAUACCACAAAGUUUGAAGAUUUUUGCAAAAGAACUGCCUUCUUGUACAUGGAAAAAUAUUUAUGGUUUCCAAUGUCAGCAACAGUUCAUAAAAUAUUGGUUCACGGCUCACAGAUUAUACAAAAUUGCGUAAUGCCUGUUGGUUGUUUUGGUGAAAAUGCGUCAGAAGCUCGAAAUAAAUUAUGCAAGAGAGAUCGCAACGCACAUGCAAGAAAAAAUACAAGAAAAAAUAAUAUGACUGAUGUUUUCAAUAGAGCAAUGGAUUCCUCAGACCCCCUUCUUUCAAGCUUGUCUUUAUCCGUUAGAGAAAAAUAUCGGAAAAGAGAGAAGCUACCAGAAGAAGUAAUACAAUUGCUUACACCUUCAAGUGAGUUUCAAAUUUUCAACCACUUGCCAGGGGGAUCUGAAUACGAUUCGGAUAAUUCUGAUUCCGAUAUAUCGGAAGCAGACGUUGUGGAGAACGCUUUAGUUUUAGAUACGGAAGACUGUGAUUUCGAAUGAUUUGCUUGGUACAUAUAACUUUUUAUAUUAUAUUCAAGUGAAUUUAAUAAUUCUGUAACUUCUCUCUCAUUUCAGAUGUACAGUCAAUGGUAUUAUAAAAAUAAUUGUUUCAGUAAAAACAUAUGUAUAAAUAUUUGGAUAAUAAAAUUAUUUGACCACUUUUGUCUAUCAUAUGCAAAUUUUUCAUUUUAUGAAACCAAAUUUUUACUAUAGGUCCAAGGGAGCUACUCCUAGGGACUGGCCGAUUUCAAAUAUUUUUGGUAUCGUCGAUGCGCAUUACAAGAAUAACAUAUUUACCAACUUUCGUGAAGAUAUCGCAAUUUUUGGAGCUGAAAUUCAAAAAUUUUUACUAUAGGUCCAAGGGAGGUACCCCUGGAGAAUGACC